UAACCAAAUAGAGGGUUGCGCUCAAGAUAAUAAAUAUUAGAAUAAAAGGAGCGCUUUUUAUUUCCCAUAUGACAAAAUGUCGGUGGCGUUUUCUUCUGUGCGCCCCCGGAGUAAAGGAGAGGUGACCCCGCAAAGCAUUCAGAAGAUGCUGGAUGAAAAUCAUCAUCUAAUACAAUGUAUUAUGGAUUACCAAAGCAAAGGCAAGACAUCUGAGUGCACACAGUAUCAGCAGAUCCUCCACAGGAAUCUUGUUUAUUUGGCCACAAUAGCUGAUUCAAAUCAGAACAUGCAGUCACUACUACCUGCACCUCCCACCUCCAACAUGUCCCUGGGUCCUGGUGGGAUGGGGCAGACUGGGGUGCAUGCUCCAAGCAACCUUAAUGACAGCAUGGCACCAGGAAUGCCUCCCACAUCCAUGAUGCAGAGCCAAAUGAGUAAUGGGUUCAGCCAUGCCCCCAUGCAGCAGCAUGCUGGUCAGGCGCAGCUGGGUGUUCCUUCUACCAGCAGCUAUGGUAGCUCAGGGUCCAGCUACAGCCUCGCUGCACCGUCCUCCCAGGGCAACAUGAUCCAGAGCACCGGGCCUGGUUAUGGCUCUUCCUCCUCAGCUUCCUGCACAUCCUCAUCCUCUUCCUCCUCCCGCAGCAGCCUCAGCAUGCAGCCCAGCCAAGUCUCCAUGAUGCACCAACAACCUGCCCCUGUACACUACUCCUCAGCGCAGACUGGGGGGCACCAUUACCAGGGACAGCAGGCGAUGGGUAUGAUGGGUCAGGGCAGUCAAGGAAACAGCGUGAUGUCGCAGAGGCCAAUGGGGUCCUUCCGCACCUCUCAGCAAGGAUCUGCACAACAGUACAUGGGACAAGACGAGUUCUACGGAGAGCAGUAUGGACACAUUCAGAGCUCCAGCGAGCCCAUAAACCAGCAAUAUUACCCUGAUGGUCAUGGGGAGUACUCAUAUCAGCAGUCUUCAUACGGGGAACAAGGUUACGAAAGGUCAUUUGAUGAGUCUUCGCAGCAUUAUUAUGAAGUGUACUUGGCUGGAAUACCUCUAGGUAACUCCCAGUACAGUCAACAGCAGCAGUUUCAACAAAGUGCAGGCCAGCAGCAGUACUCCUCUCAGCAAAGCUACAGCAGGCUGCCGCAGGGAUACGGUUCUGGCCAGGGAGGAUCAUCACAGUACUCUCAGUUUCAGCAGAAUCAGAACCAACAGUAUGGAUCAUAUCGCUCCUCCCAGGGAGGUCCUGGACCACAAGCCCAGAGGCCUUACGCGUACGAACAGGGUCAAUAUGGGAAUUUUCAACAAUGAAGCGCCACACUGUUGCUGUUGGAAGGAAAUGUGCACCUGACUUUGCUGUGAAUGAGAAGAUGCAUCAUUUGUGUUAUUCUCUCAUUAAUUAUCCCUCCUCGCUGUGGGGGUUGUAGCUGCUAGUUGCAGACAUGAAAAACUACAGAUCCUAUAUAUAGAUAACAGUCAGGGUAAGAAUCAGGACAAUUAAUACUCUUAAUGAAUUAAAUACGCUUAAUAAAUGCAGCAUUAAAGGCAUUGGACAAGACUCAGCAAGCUGCAGAUGUCCUUUAACUUUUUUAUGUUUUACCUUUCAUGUGUCCAUAUUGUGCAUCCUAUCUUUAUUGCUUUUUUAAAAAAAAAAAGCCCUAAUGAUAUUAUUCUUUUUCUCAGUCUGGUGUACAGCAGGACUUGGAUAUGUGACACUGUGUGGCUAAAAAAAGGAGCAAAUUAGCCUUAAAAGAAAUCUUCCUCAAUAUAUAAGACUCCACCUUUUGCAUUAAUUCAUAGUUGAGAUAGUUUGUUCUUAUAAUUGGGGGAAACUCAUUUUGUGAACAUGAAACUGUUGGUUCUUAAACCUGACGACAUAUGGGGUCUGUCUGUGUUCGUCAAUGUGACGUGUUGCUGUAAGGUCUAACAUUACAUGUUUUCAAUUUCCACAUAUGUCCCGUCGACAUGACAGGCUAAGUAGGUAGCUGACUGAUCAGCAUGUAUAAGUGUGUCAUUGCCCAUGAUAAUCCUAUGUCUCUGUAGUAGAUUUCCCAUUAAGUGAUCAUUUUAUACCCAAAAAUUGUAUUGCCACUUUGUCUGCACUUUAUUUUACGGUGACAGUGUAUGUAUUGUUUGAUAUUUUGUAUUGAAAAGUUCUUCAGGCUGUUUUUAAGAAGCGAUUCUCCAAAAGCCAAAGUAACCCAGGAACAGAACAGUAACAUGUCCUGCCCUUUACUUCAAUAAGUGCAAUACAGCCAGUUAUGUUGGAGGGGAUUCUAAGGUUAAACUCACUCCAUUGUUUGCAGUCUUGAAGCACACUAAUGGCAAAAGUAAUGAGUUGAUUUGCUCAACUUAUUCAGUGUCAAUUAAGAGAUUUCCACUGGUGCGAUACUUAGAGCAUUUAUUUCAGGAGAGAAAAGUCAUUCAUCAGAAAGAUUAAGCAUAACUUUUUUGUGUUUCUUUUCGUGAAAGAUUUCAAUUGCCAUAUAUAUUUACUUGCCAUCCAUCCAUCCAUCCAUCCAUCCAUCCAUCCAUCCAUCCAUCCAUCCAUCCAUCCAUCCAUCCAUCCAUCCAUCCAUCCAUCCAUCCAUCCAUCCAUCCAUCCAUCCAUCCAUCCAUCCAUCCAUCCAUCCAUCCAUCCAUCCAUCCAUCCACAUUACUUUGGUCCAGUUUUGAAGUAUUGAAACCCAACUUACCUCAGAGGGCAGAACAACACAAUAAUUGCAGUCACUUUUCAGGGCUAAUCAAGAAUGGGAGAUACCUGGCUGUCAAACAGCUAAACAACUAUGUACCACUCCACACUGACAAUCAGCGGUUUCUCUUUAUUACGGUGACUUGUUAGGAGUGUCUCAUAUUACUGUGAAAUGAACAUGUAUUGCAAGGCUCUUCCAGUUCUAAAUAGUCAUCUCUGGUGGGUGGUAAAGUACAGCCUGUGUGUGUAUGCGUGCGCGUGUGUUUGCACAAAUGUCGAAA